AUGCCUGUCAAGGCGCAUUUCAACUCGAUUUUCGCUAGUCAAUUUUCCAACCUCUAUACAAGUAUUACAGGAUGUCUGAAUCCGAACACGCCAAACGUUCGGAAUCAGAUGACACAAGCGAAAACCCAGAUGUGGAACAGACGAAUCCCCAGCCCGAGUCAGACCAGCUGUCGAAGAUCGACAGAAAACUUACGCAAGUUCAAGUCCGCACACUCGAUCUCCAUUCCAUUAAGGACAAAGUCGACACAAUGCACGUGCGUUCACUCACCUUUCCUUACUAAUCCUUAG